UCGUGAAGAGACGAGCAGGGUCCGAGGAUCCGGCAGACCUGAGGCUCAGACAGACAGGAUACAAGCACACACUCACACUCAGCAAGACAAAGACGGAAGAUUCAUUAACUCAUUUUUUUAAAAGUCACACAGGAGGAGGACUGUGUGAUCCGGCUUUGUUCGCUUCAAUCUCCGGAUACAAAAAAAAACCCAACAGGUUUCUUUAAAAGAAAAAAAAAUCAGCAGUUCAGGUUUGUUUUUGUUCUGCUUUUCAACACCAAGGAGUUUUUUUUUUGUUUUUAAAUUUUUUUUCCAGACCACCACAUUUUUCUCAACAACUUACUGAACUAACAGCUGACUGACGGGUUGGUUAAUUGCGCAACAUAGGAAACAAGAAGAGGACGUCAUCACCGGAUAGGCAGCUCCAGUAUUCCCAUUAACAGAGCUGCUGGUUCCAGUGUGAGUACAACUUGAGAAAAAAAAAGAAGAAAAAAAGAAGAAAAAGAAACGUUUUUAUGUCAUCAGCAACUUCUGCUACACACACACAUACACAAGGACCAUCAGCUCCACACUGCUGAGUCUACUGGAUCUACUGGUUUUCUUGUUUACCUGCAGUCCGGACUGGUCUGUCUGUCUGAGGAGCUCAAGAUGAAUAUGGGCACUGCCACAGCAAGAUCUCAGGUGUGUCUGAAGAGACUACUGGAUGAGCCCCAGGACAACCUCCCGAAAUAUAAAAGAGUGUGCCUGGCCCCGCCGCCUCCUACCACCGGUCUGUCACCAUGCCUCAGGCCCAAAAGCCCCAAGUCCAGUCAGAGCCAAUCCCAGUUCAGAGUCGGACCGUAUUUCCUGUUUGAACGUUGUGAAGGGGAGGAGACUUAUAGGGCUGUGCACACGCACACACAGCAGCAGUACACCUGCCAGGUUCUACCUCUACGCGGUUACCAGGAGAGGUUGGCUGCUUACGCUCGGCUCGGUCACCACAACAACAUCUGUGGCCUGCUGGACGUCGUGAUGGGCCAGGACAGCGUGUACGUCUUCCUGCCAGGUCACCAUGGCGACAUGCACGCUUACGUGCGCAGCAGGAAGCGCCUGGGCGAGGAGGAGGCGGGGCUCCUGUUUGCUCAGAUGCUGAAUGCUGUGGAGCACUGCCAUCGCCACGGAGUUGUGCUGCGAGACCUGAAACUCCGCAGAUUCGUCUUCACUGACAGAUACAGGACUCGUCUCGCUCUGCUCGGCCUCGACGAUUGCGUCCUCCUCCAAGGCAACCAUAACGACGACUCUCUCACAGACAGACACGGCUGCCCCGCCUACGUCGGCCCCGAGCUGCUGGCCAAUGGGAACGCAUCGUACUCAGGGCGUGCCGCAGACAUCUGGAGCCUGGGCGUGUCCCUGUACACAAUGCUGAUUGGACGAUACCCAUUCCAGGACACGAAGCCCGCCGCGCUGUUCGCCAAGAUCCGCCACGGAGCCUUCAGUGUACCCGGCUGGUUGUCAGCGCAGGCAAAGUGUCUGAUUAGCUGCAUGCUCAGGAAGUUGCCCACUGAGAGACUGGAGGCGUCUGAGCUGCUGAUGCACCCGUGGCUGACUAAUCCCUCCACGCCACGUUACAACACACACACAAUACAUCACGGCUCACACAAAACACUACAGAACAAACACGAGGACGAUGACCAGGUGGUGCCAACAUGGACUGAAAAACACUAACACACACACACACACAGGUUUGUACCUCUAUACUUGUGAGGACCAUCAAACUCUAAACCAUCACAACCAAAUUACGCCAACACUACUUAACAUAAACUUGAUUAUUACGUAAAACUGAAAACUAACUCUAAACUCUCAGUAAGCCCUCUGACAGAUAAAAAUGACUUCACUCCCAUAGUCAAAAACUCAAAUUGGUCCUCACAAAAAUAGACAAACAAGAAAACAAACACACAGAGACAGUAUGAUCCUGGAUUACUUGACCCUCAGGUGCCUUCAACUCUCUGCGGCUGUGGCUCAGUUCAAGUCCCGCCUGCGAAAGUGUCUCCUCCAGUGGACUUCAGGUGCAGUCAGACCAGAUUUCGCCAUGUGAAAUCUACUCAUUCACUGUUGCAACAACACAAUAACACAGCUAAUAUCAGCAAAGUUGUAAAUUAUUCAUCUUCUUAUCAGCGAUCUUACUUUUAUAGUCACGUAUCAGGAAGGAGUCUCUCUUUCCUGGAUGAGAGGUCAGUCCUGCUCUUCCUUACAAACUGGCUUAACAUUAGAGAACCUCUGAGUUUAAACAGAUUGAACUAUGACUGGAGUUUUAUGAGGCGAUAUCCAGUUUACAACUGACAGUGAAUGCAUCUCGCCUCGUUCCUCAUAGAAAUAAACAGGGAGCCAAAUCUGGUCUGACUGCACCUUGAGGCCCGCUCCUCGUCUUCCACAAAGUAUUCACUCUUCAGAGGAUUCAUAACAGAGUGACCAGUACACGACAUAAGCCAGAGCUAAUGGUGUGUUCAGUAGCAGUUUA